GAAGCCUAUGAGCACGAAAAUAAAUUUUAUAUCAAUCCUGGAUCAGCUACUGGAGCUUACAAUCCUCUAGAUACAUCAGUUAUACCAUCAUUCGUAUUGAUGGACAUUCAAAGUUCAACGGUGGUUACGUAUGUAUAUCAACUGGUCGGAGACGAAGUUAAAGUGGAAAGAAUUGAAUAUAAGAAAAGUUAGAACCAUCGGAAUUUCCAGAAUGUAUCUAUUAUGGGUUAUACCCCGAAAUUUACUAAGAAUGCAAUUAUGUGCAUGAAUAUUCAACAUUUGUCAGAUACUUUUAAUCUGUCCCAGAUUAAUUAAUUAAUUAGCAUUUAAACGUA